AUGGCUUCCAAGGGUUUCGCCAUUUAUGGACUGACCUCGCAGCCUCAAUCCGAAGCUGACGCGGCAAAAGAGGAGUGGGGCAUUUCCUACGACAUCAUCGGUUCGCCGGACGUGUCUCUGGUGAAGCAUCUCGCCGAUGAGAAGAUCAUCAACCUGGUCAUCAGCGAGAAGAAGAACUACCCCAAUGGCAUGGUGCAGCCCGCUCUUCUCUUUAUGCGCCGUUCGGAUCGAGCAGUGCUCUACAGCUGGGCCGUGGCCCCUGACUCGUCGGAGUUUGGGUUUGCGAGCUACCGUCCGACUCCAGGCGAUGUCUGGAAGGCGGUGUCUAGCAAGUUAGAGACGCCCGUGAGCGAGCUUCCCGUCGUGGAAGAGAUGCCCAUCGAUGGAGUGGGGAAGGCCCUCUAUCGUUCCAUGUGCGGUUGCUUUGCGCGAGACGUCUAG